AUGGCUGCAGUGCAAGACGAUUCCCUAGAGGCACAGAGAUGCAUCCAGAAAGAGCUGGACCAAGCCAAAGACGCAAGUCUAGAAAUGGUCCAGAAGUUUGAAGUUGAAAUUUUAGCCCUUAGAAAAGAAAUAGAAACAAUGGAGCAGGAGCACAGGGAUGAAAGAUACCGUCAUGCAGAGGUCGAGAUACGUAACGGAAAGAGGGCCAAAUUCCUCCACGCGGAGAAGAACAUGCUACAGAAGGAGCUGGAUGAAGUUAAACGCGACCUCUUUUUAAAUGAAGUCAAGUACAGGAAAGAGCUGGAUGCGUCAACAGCUGAAAUUGAACGCCAACUUUCACGCAAUUAUAAGCUCUCUGAGGAGCUAAAACGGAAGGAUCAGGAGAUCUCAGGGAGCUGCUUCAGUGUGACCUACGCUGAAGGCACAAUGUGUUCCUACAAAUCACAGAAACAGUCCUGCUCCAUCACAUUUCCUACAGAAGUUCGUGUUGAAAGGACAGAAUCAGAGAAUGACCAUUUCAAGAUGACGUGUAACUCCAGCUGUUCUCUGACUGACAACAAAACUUCAUUUCAGUUGUAUAAAAACACAGAAACUGGUGAACAGAAAGUUGUUGAAAGCCCUCUAGUUACCAUCUCAUCAACAGAGAGCUUCUUCUGCACUGUGAAGGAUCGUCAUGAUCUGCUUUCUAAUGAAGUUUGUGUUGAUGAUAGCAACUGCUGGACUGUGAAUUAUGACAGCAGGAGAAUCUGUGGCCUGAAAGGUUCAUCAGUGAACAUCUCCAGCAAGUACUCACAUCCUGAACAGCAACAGUCACUGACUAAACGCUGGUAUAAAAUGAAGAUAAAUACAAAGCUGGAGGAAGAGGUGAUGGAGAAUAAUACUGAUGUGAAUUAUCAGGAUGACACGAGGAACCAACACAUCCUCAGAUUAAACAACCUGGAUGAGAAAAACUCAGGAGAAUACGAGUUCAGAAUCAAAACAGACCAUUUUAUAUGGAAAUCAUCUAAUUUUUCUGGAGUUACUUUGAUUGUAACAGCACUUCCUGCAUGGGUGUACCCUGCCUCUCACCAAAUGCCCACUAGAGAUGGGAACCCCCGCGACCCUGCAUAG